UACGAUUUAGAGCCACUCAACUUAGCCCUGAGGAGAGAGAACUAUCUUCAGAUUUAUUCAUCAAGCUUUGGCAAUGGGAUGCACAGCCAGUAGCGAGUCUCCUGAAGAGGCCGACCCCUUUCUUCAAUCAAAGAAUAUGAAUGCUGUCAUUGAGAAGCGUCUUCAAAUGGAGAAGACUAGGGAAAACAACGAAGUGAAGUUGCUCUUACUGGGUGCAGGUGAAUCAGGUAAGUCCACAGUGUUGAAGCAGAUGAAAGUGCUUCACCAGAAUGGGUUUACACAUCAGGAGAGAAAGCAGUAUACUCAAGUCAUCUGGGCAGAUUCGCUACAGAGCAUGAGAGUAUUGAUUGUACAGGCUCGAAAGCUGCAGAUUCCUUUGAAUUCAGAUCAACCAGGAAGCCCACUUAUGCCUUAUAAACAGUCGAUACUUAGGGUGAACACUCUUCAGCAAGUUGACACUGGGAUUGCCGGAGGUAACAGUUUCCUUAAGGACUAUGCAAUCAAGUACAGCGCACGUAGUGAGACCAAGAGACGUGUACAGAGCACUGGUCGCACAGGUGCAGUGUGGGAUGCAACUCCAUCAAAUUCACAGUUGGAGAAUAACGAUAGUGAACAGCAAGGGUUGAGUAUAGAUGAGUUAAACGACACUUUAAACGGAUCAAGUGUGCAUCCAGGAGUUUCUGCAGUGAAUAGCACAGUGCUUAGCGGUGGUAAGACCUCCUUAACAAAGGAGCAAAUCGCAGAGGCUAUUUCUCAACUGUGGAAAAACGAUAUGGGUAUAAAACAGUGUUUCAACAGGUCCAAUGAAUUCCAAUUGGAAGGCAGCGUUUCAUACUAUUUUGACAACAUUCACAAGUUUGCAGACGCAAACUAUCUCUGCACAGACGAAGACAUCUUAAAAGGCCGUAUAAAGACCACAGGUAUCACUGAAACCAAUUUCAACAUUGGGUCAGCAAAGUUCAAAGUGCUGGACGCAGGAGGACAACGUUCCGAGAGAAGAAAAUGGAUUCACUGUUUCCAAGGAAUCACUGCUGUUCUUUUUGUCCUCGCAGUCUCUGAAUAUGAUCAGAUGCUCUUUGAGGAUGAGCGUGUUAACAGAAUGCAUGAGGCCAUCAUGCUGUUCGACUCACUGUGCAAUAGUAGAUGGUUUCACAACGUUCCCUUCAUAUUGUUUGUCAACAAGGUCGAUCUUUUUGAACAGAAACUGAAGAAGUCGCCAAUAAAGAACUAUUUUCCGGACUACAACGGGAAACCAGGUGACGUUAAUGCUGGGCUGAAGUACUUUGAAGACAUAUUUUCAUCUCUGAACAGAACGAAGAAACAGCUCUAUAUACACAGAACUUGUGCCACGGAUACUCAGAGUAUGAGGUUUGUUCUGACUGCCACGACUGAUAUGAUUGCUCAGCAGAAUUUGAAGAAGAGUGGACUACUAUGACAACCACUCCGUAUAAAGAUGUAAUAAACGCA